CCACCUUCCUCCACUUAAACCCACUUCUUCCGAAAGCAACCCUGAGCUUAUGGCGAAAGCUUCACAUUACAUGGGCCCCCCGCGGAUACAUAUGAUAACUGUGGAAAAUUCCCAGAAGGCUUGUUGAAAUUUCAGGACCUGUGGGUGAAGUCCCGCUUCGCUGCAAGGGGCGAUAGUUCACGGAGCGGGGCGCUGGCCCUUUCACAUCUUACUUACUCCGACUUGACGGAGUGGUUCAACAGCAGGAUAUCCAUAUGCGAAACAUCAUCGUCCGGGAAGAGAACACUGUGUGGCUUUGUGAUUGUGAGUGGGCUGGCUUUAUCCGGAGUACUUUGAAUAUGUCGGUACGGUGGAAUACGACAGAACCCCUUGGCUGUGGAGAUUCUUUAUACCUUUCAUUUCCGGUUUUCAUUCUAAUGGGUAUCGACUUUUGUAUCGGCCGGGUGGGCGGUUUUUAUUAGCACACCUGUGAAAUGAAGCAUUUUGCAGGGACAGGCACAUCAUCACUGUCUUCAAGUCUACGACAUUCUUCGAGUCUUCGGUCUCGCCAAUAGACGAACCCUCCGUACACUAAGCAGACGUCUCAGACCAGCGAUGGACGGCCCAUUUGGCAAGUAU